AUGUCGGAAUCCAAGUCCCGAUUUACAAAAACACAGCUUGACUCGAUGAUUAACUACAAAUUAUUCCCAGUAUCAAAUAUGCGCCUCAGAGAUCUCAAUGAUAUUGAAAUUCCUGAUGCAGCAAUUUCAUUUGACGCUAGCAACAAUCUUUUAACAGAUUUCACCGGUUUUGAACCCAAAGGAAAUAUUCGUGGUGUAGUUUUUGAUAAUAAUCCUUUAGUUUCCUUUAGAAAUUUCCCUCGCAAUACAAAUAUUACUUCUUUUUCAGCAGCAGGAUCGCCAUUAAGUAUGCUCCCGAAUUUUAGACAACUUGCUAUACUCGUUCUUGGUCCUAAAAUUGAAAUAAUUAACGGAAUCAAAGUAACACCAAAUGAAUUUUCAGAAGUAAGUGCAAAGACUCUUGCAACAUAUUACAAAGGUGGAGAUGCAAAUAAAAUGCCUCAACAGGAAUUAAAUAUGUACGUCGAAAGCUUUACAGAUGCCUUAAUUAACGGCUGGAUUUAUGCUGGACUUCCUCGCUCAUUAAAUCAGCUUGAUGUUGAUGCCACUCGCCAGCAAAAUGAUCCUCUUUCAGUAAGAGUUGUUAGAAUUCUUACAAUUUUAAGAUGGAAAGAUGAAGAUAUUAUACAGUUCAUAGAUAACAUUUUCAACGAAACCCCCGCACAGAAAUCUAAACAGAAGAAGUCUAAGAGCGAUUUCUUAGACGAACAAUUGCAAAAACAACGAGAUAUUAUUCAAAUGAUGAAAGAAGAAUUACAAUCAUUACAACACGAACAAAAUGUGAAAGAGGAUCGUAAAAACAAACAAUCAUCCAAAUUUUCCAAUAAUAAUCCAGAACCAAUCGAUAUCGACUUAACUACGAAGAUCUCGAAGCCAUCACUAGAUGCAUACAACGCAAUGCUUCAAGAAUAUUCAGUUGCUUUAGAACAGAAUGCCGCUGAUAUUGAAGUUGAUAAAAAGACUACAAAUCCUGAAGGUUUAAGAGAAGCAAUCAGGAGACACUUCGGUCUACCAGACAAUGCAACUGAUGCUCAGAUGAUUAGUAUCAUGAAAGAACAAAUUGCUCGAAGAGGAUAA